AUGGCAGCUGCCAGGUCCCUGGAUACUCGCACAUCUCUCGAAAUAGGACAACGACAGCCCGACUCCCAAACGAUUGCUUCAUACAGCAUAACUGGUCAUUGCUUUGCGUAUGUUGAUGAAAACAACAAGCCUACAGACGGCAAUGAUGAGAAGUCUGCAGCACCAUGCAAGGAAUAUUGUUCAACUCGAGGUGAUGGCACAAAUGGGUGCAGUCUGUUUAUACCAAAAGGGCAGAAGAUAGAUCCUCAUUUUAUUUACAAAGAUGACGAUGGAAAGCGCUGGACACCUGCGAAAUGCGUUUGCGAAUGCCCGUUUUGCAAAGAACUUGCGGAAACAAUCGCUGAAGGCUUACAGAAGCUGGACAACAUCAUCUGCGCCGCAAUGGUCUCAGCUUUCACUACCAUCGUGGAAACGGGGAUUCAGUUCGUUCCUGGCGGUCAAACCUCACUUGCUCUACGCGCUGCCAUCUCAGGGGCAAAGUCGUUUACGGAGAAUGGGUUGAAUGCCGCGUCGUUCUUUGGAGACUGGGUCGGGAAGGCCUGCGGUGUUGACAACUGGAAUUUCGAUCUUACGUCAGUUUACGACCCUCUGGUCAAUGCACCGGAUUCUAUGGGAACCAGCACUGGGUGUAAGAAAAGGAACAAGGCAGAUUGCAAGAAGCUUGAUCCUAAACCAGAUCCCACAACCAAAGCCAAAGACACUCCCCCCAAAACAACCCAAAAUCCCCAAAAGUCGUCUCAACAAUCGACCACAAGUACAGAAUCCAGCAGCAGUACGAAGCGUAGCCAGACUACAGUAAUGACGUCAAGCACAACUAGUAGCAGUUCGACCGCUAGCGAGACAACGGAAGCCAAUACUGAUACGAAGCCCAGCCAAACAACAGAGGCUUGCAAUAAUACGGAUCCUAGCCAAACAACGGAUGGUAGCAAUGAUGAGGAGCCAACCCAGACAGCCGGAAGUAGCAAUGAUGUGGAGUCCAGCCAAACGACCCUUAUCACGUCAGGCACCAUUAGCAGCAGUAUGCUUUCUGGGGAGACCGCUCGCGCGACGGAGUAG